AACAGGUGUUAGUCAAAAAGUGUCAAGAAAAUGUUUUCAAAAUUAUUUGUGAAAUAUCUGUUUCCAAAGUUUUCAAACAAACACAAUUCUGAUUUAUCACAUACAAAAGUUUACUAAGCCUUGAUUUCAUGGUCUAAUUUAUUCAUAUAUGGAUUCGAAGUUUGGACAAGUUUUUUUAUUUCUGACAAAUUUAGCGUGGAAGUCUCGCAUAACAAUUCCGCUUGUUUUAACAACAGUUUUAAUGGCAGCUGGAAUUCGAUUGCAAAUUGACAUAAAUAUUCAAACUGCGAGUAUUGAAGAUUUCAAUGAUUUCGAAGAGGAUUCCGAGGACGACUGGGAAACAGCAGAAUCUGAGAGUGAAACUCAAGAAUGAGUCCAUUUUUUGAAGAAUUACAUUCCUAUGUAUGUUUAUAAGCAAAUUAAAAUUCAAGCUGCGAAAGUA